AGUCUGCCGGUUCGCUGUUCGAUCCAACAGUUCGAUGCAACUCUCAGUGGAAUAAGCAAAACAAAAUGCCAACAAAUAGCCAUAAAUACAGCAUUUUGCUGCCCACAUACAAUGAAAAGGACAAUUUGCCAAUUAUCAUCUGGCUAAUUGUGAAAUACAUGAAAGCCAGUGGCUACAAUUACGAGGUGAUUGUCAUCGAUGACGGCAGUCCUGAUGGCACAUUGGACGUGGCCAAGGAUCUGCAGCGGAUAUAUGGCGAGGAGCGAAUCGUUUUGCGGCCACGCGCUGCCAAACUGGGCCUGGGCACCGCCUAUGUGCAUGGCAUUAAGCAUGCCACCGGUGACUUUAUCAUUAUCAUCGAUGCCGACUUGAGUCAUCAUCCUAAGUUCAUACCCGAGUUCAUUGAGCUGCAGCAGAAGGGUGAUUAUGAUAUAGUUUCGGGCACACGAUAUGCCGGCAAUGGUGGCGUUUAUGGCUGGGAUUUCAAGCGCAAGCUCAUCUCACGCGGUGCCAACUAUCUGACCCAGGUGCUGUUGCGACCCAAUGCCAGUGAUUUGACUGGGUCAUUUCGGCUGUACAAGAAACAGGUGCUGGAGCAGUGCAUCGCAAGCUGUGUGUCCAAGGGCUAUGUCUUCCAAAUGGAGAUGCUUAUCCGUGCUCGCCAGCACAAUUUCAGUAUUGCCGAGGUGCCCAUCACGUUUGUGGAUCGCAUUUAUGGCACCUCCAAGCUGGGCGGCACCGAAAUCGUUCAGUUUGCCAAGAAUCUACUAUAUCUAUUUGCCACCACCUAAACGAUUAUAGACAACAUCCAACAAACAGACAGCAAUAAAUCUAAAUGACUUAAUGAAUUUUUAA